UUUAUCUUUGAAGUCAUCAUAAUUCUGCUCUCUCUCUCUCUCUCUCUAUAUAUAUAUAUCUUUCUGCCGGUGACGAUCACAAGUUCACAUCAGGCUACCGGAAGCUAGCUUGGAUCGUCGAUCGGAAGUCUGUCUUUAGCGCCGUGAAAGAUGAACACCGAAUAUGAUUACCUCUUUAAGCUUUUGCUGAUUGGAGAUUCAGGUGUUGGCAAGUCCUGUCUUCUUCUUAGGUUUGCUGAUGAUUCAUAUCUGGAUAGCUACAUUAGCACUAUUGGAGUUGACUUUAAAAUCCGGACAGUCGAACAGGAUGGCAAAACCAUAAAACUGCAAAUCUGGGACACUGCUGGGCAAGAACGAUUUCGCACGAUCACAAGUAGCUACUAUCGCGGGGCACAUGGAAUUAUUGUGGUUUAUGAUGUGACAGACCAGGAGAGCUUUAACAAUGUCAAACAAUGGUUGAAUGAGAUAGAUCGAUACGCCAAUGAACAUGUGAACAAGCUUCUCGUUGGUAACAAGUCUGACCUUACUUCACAGAAGGUUGUGUCUUACGAGACAGCCAAGGCUUUUGCUGAUGAAAUUGGUAUCCCUUUCAUGGAAACUAGUGCCAAGAACUCGACAAAUGUGGAACAGGCAUUCAUGGCCAUGACUGCUGAUAUCAAGAACAGGAUGGCAAGCCAACCGUCGGUGAACACAGCUAAACCAUCAACGGUUCAGAUUCGUGGACAACCGGUGAACCAAAACACGGGUGGUUGCUGCUCUUCGUAAAGAUAAGGAUCAUAGUGUUGGUUCCUAUUGGUUGAUGGCUUUGUCAAGAAUUAUAACUAUUGAUGCACUUCUGGUGCCUAGAUGUGUGAAUUUACCCAUUGUAAACCUAGUUUCAUUUCUUUAAAUGUCAUUAUUUGUGAAUAAGGCAGACAGACAAAAAAACACUUUCAAAUGUUUUCAAUUAUUCGAAAAACUAGUAACAUUU